AUGGACUCACAUGACCAAAGGCGCCGAAAUCUUGGUAUUCUCAAGCGUCUCCAUCCCGAGAUUCUGUACCAAGUCAUCUACACACUGCCUAACGCUGAUAUCAAGCAUCUCCGCCUAACUUGCUCUUAUCUCGGGAACAUCUCUCUCCCACGCUUCAACCGCGUAUUCAUAUCCGCUAAUCCGCGCGACAUUGAGGUCUUUACCUUGAUUGCGAAUCAUGAUAUUUUUCGGCUCAAAGUCACCGAGAUCAUCUACGAUGACUCACGCUUUGAUCAUUCUUUGAGAAGAUGGUCUCCGGAUAUAAUUGAAGAAUAUGAUGACCCCACAACUCCACUCUACUGGUUUAGAGCGGCUUACAAUUCCAUUGUCAGAGGCAUUGACGCUGAAGAAGGGGAGAAUGAUUAUAUCCCUCACGUCAAGGAAGCUUUCAAGACUCGCUGCACCAUGCGUGAAUCAUGGGAAGUACAUUGCAAGCUUAAAUCGCAGCAAGAUGAAGUGCUUGCGUCAGGUCGCGACGCUGACGCUCUAAGAUAUGGUCUUUGGCGGUUUCCAAACCUGAAAACAGUUACUCUGAGUCCUGCUGCUCAUGGCAUUCUAGGAAGGCCUUUGUAUCCCACACCUACUAUCAGAUCUUUCCCCAAAGGUCUGAUAUACCCUCUGGAACGUUGCUGGCCCAAACCAGACCUACUGGGAGACUACUCCCUUACCCCUUGGGAUGAAAUAUCUAAACAAGAAUGGCGUGGAUUCUGUGUCGUCACGAAAGAGAUCGCCCACCAUAUUCGUGAGAACCCGGGGUUUGGCCUCUCCGAGUUCGUUGCGGAAGGUCGGCAGUUUUGGACAGGAAUGAAUUGCCAUAUAUUUAACAAUCCAGUGGGCGAGGAGUAUCGCGAACUUGUCACUAUUCUAAGUCACCCUCCGCUCACACGCUUGGAGUUAUCAUUCGCUUGCGGUGAAGAGUCCAAGCACAACUGGCCCUCUUUCCGAUUAGGCCACCUCUUUAGAGCUCUGAGUAAAGCAACGAACUUGCAGGAUCUUCGUUUUGAUACUCGCAUUCCCCUUCAGCACAGAACAUGGCACCAAUUUAUAGACUACGCGCAGAACGGAUAUGCGCUGUAA